UUAUCAUUUGCUACCUAUAUGGUUACGCGAUGGAGAAUGUUGCUUGGCAAACAAAUCAUUUUCCAUGGCAAAGAGGUUAAAUCAAGUUGCAAGUGCAGAAGGCCUUCAAGUUAAUGAGAUUGCACUUGAGGAGCUUGCAGAAAGGGUGAAUGGAGAUAUGCGUAUGGCAUUAAACCAAUUACAAUAUAUGAGCCUUUCAAUGUCGGUCAUUAAUUAUGAUGAUGUAAGACAGCGCCUUCAAGGAAGUGCGAAAGAUGAAGAUAUUUCACCAUUCACUGCUGUGGAUAAGCUGUUUGGCUUUAGUGGAGGAAAGCUGAGAAUGGAUGAGCGGAUUGACCUCAGUAUGAGUGAUCCUGACUUGGUCCCUCUUCUUAUCCAGGAAAACUACAUUAAUUAUAGGCCAAGUUCAAUUGGUAAAGAUGACAAUGGGAUGAAACGUAUGAGCUUGAUUGCACGUGCUGCUGAGUCUAUUGCCGAUGGAGAUAUAAUAAAUGUGCAGAUUCGAAGAUAUCGACAGUGGCAGCUCUCUCAAACUGGUUCUCUGUCAUCCUGUAUCAUUCCUGCUGCAUUGUUGCAUGGAUCAAGGGAGACACUUGAACAGGGUGAACGGAAUUUUAAUAGAUUUGGUGGGUGGCUGGGAAAGAAUUCUACAGCGGGCAAAAAUUUGAGGCUGUUGGAGGAUCUGCAUGUUCAUUUCCUUGCUUCUCGUGAAUCUAAUAUGGGGAGGGAGAUGCUUCGACUUGACUACCUUACAGUUCUUCUGAAACAAUUGACAGAUCCUCUUCGGGUGCUGCCUAAGGAUGAAGCUGUUGAGAAGGUUGUGGAGUUCAUGAAUGUAUACUCACUAAGUCAGGACGAUAUGGAUACCAUUGUGGAGUUAUCAAAAUUUCAGGGGCAUGGGAAUCCAUUGGAUGGCAUACCAUCAACUGUUAAAGCAGCUCUGACAAGAGCAUAUAAAGAAGAAAGCAAAUCAAGGAUGGUACGAGCUGCAGAUUUAGUCACACUUCCUGGAAAGAAAAAGGCCCUUAAGAAGCGUGUUGCAGCGAUUUUAGAACCUUCUGAUGAUGGUCUAAGAGAGGAAAAUGGUGACGUGCUGGCUGAAAGUGAAGAAGAAAACUCAUCUGACACAGAGGAUAUGGAAGGAACUGGUAAUGGCGAGAAGCUGCAGUCUGAGCUUCAGAGUUUAAAUUCAAAAGGAAUCCAAGUAGAGGUGGAACUGAAGUGCGGGAAGGAAAGUUCAAAGUCUAAGAAGACGCCUACAGGAAGAGGAAAAGGUGGGUCUGCAUCUACCGAGAAAAAACCAGCGGGCAGAGGGAGAGGCAGUUCUGGUUCCUCGGAGAAACCUGGAGCUAAGAGAAAGAGAUGAAAUUAUUACUGUAAACCCUUGCAGUUGUGUAAAGUUUUGCUUGUUUAUGACAAAUGGAGGUACGCUUCCUUCUGUGAGCUGUAAAACUCCUUUUGAAGGUUGCUUGUUGACUGUUGGUAGCAAAUGUUACUGUGGUAACGCCUUCCUUUUCAGUACCACAGAUUUUGUAGAUCAGAUUUUGGAUAAUGUUUGAAAUGGGAUGGUUUGCUUGGAAUUUUAUCAUCACAAC